AUGUGGGGACGCAUGUCCAUCAAGAUCAACGGUGCCGACUGCGGCGCCGAGGCCAUCCUCCUGGGCGUCGUCACGUCCAUUGGUGGCUUCCUCUUUGGCUACGACACCGGUCAAAUUUCCGCCCUGCUCACCUUCACCGACUUCAUCGACCGCUUCGCUCAGGGCCCCGAGGGCAACAAGGCCUGGCAGCCCAUCAUCCAGUCCCUCGUCGUCUCUCUCAUGAGCAUCGGUUCGCUGAUCGGCGCUCUGACGGGUGCCUACACGGCUGACUGGUGGGGCCGCCGCAAGUCGCUGACCUUUGGCGUCUUCAUCGUCAUCAUCGGCAAUGUCAUCCAGGUCACCGCCAUGCGCUCGUGGGUACACAUGAUGAUGGGCCGUUUCGUCGCCGGUCUGGGCGUCGGCAACCUCUCCGUCGGCGUGCCCAUGUUCCAGUCCGAGUCGUCGCCCAGGGAGAUCCGUGGCGCCGUCGUCGCCUCGUACCAGCUCAUGAUCACCAUUGGCAUCCUCGUCGCCAACCUGAUCAACUACGGUGUCCGUGAGAUCCAGGAGCAGGACGCCUCUUGGCGCAUUGUCAUCGGCCUCGGCAUCUUCUUCAGUCUACCUCUUGGCGGCGGCAUCCUCGCCGUGCCCGAGUCGCCCCGUUGGUUGGCGCAGCGCGGACGCUGGGAAGAUGCCCGCACGUCCUUUGCCCGUCUCCGUGGCAUGAAGGACGACCCCGGCAACCCGCUUGUCGAGGACGACAUUAACGAGAUGAGAAUCAUCCUUGAGAAGGAGCAGCAGGUCGGCUCCGGCUCUUGGCUCGAGUGCUUCAACCCCAACACCGGCGUCCCCAAGCUGGUCUACCGUACUCUCCUUGGUAUGGGCAUCCACUUCCUGCAGCAGUGGACUGGCGUCAACUACUUCUUCUACUAUGGUGCCACUGUUUUCCAGUCCUCUGGCGUCGACGACCCCAUCCUCGUGCAGCUCAUCCUGGGUGCCGUCAACGUGGUCAUGACGCUCUACGGUCUCUGGGUUGUCGAGCGCUUCGGACGUCGCUGGCCCUUGGUCAUUGGUGCUUUCUGGCAGUCCGCCUGGCUGGUCAUCUUUGCCUCCAUGGGUACCGCCAUUGAUGUGAACAGCAACUCGACCGCUGGCAUCGUCAUGAUUGUGUCGGCCUGCAUGUUCAUUGCCAGUUUCGCCGGUACCUGGGGUCCCAUUGCGUGGGUCGUCAUUGGCGAGACCUUCCCUCUGCGCACACGCGCCAAGCAGGCUUCGCUCGCGACUGCUGGCAACUGGCUCGGUAACUUCAUGGUCGGCUUCCUUACACCCCUCGCCACCGAUGGUGUCGGCGGCAGCCCCGGCAUCAAGUUUGCCUACGGAUACGUCUUUGCGGGCACCAACUUUGCCGCCGGUCUCCUCGUCUGGUUCUUCCUCUACGAGUCCCGCACUCUGUCGCUCGAGAACGUCGACCUCAUGUACGGCCAGGAUGGCCUCAAGCCCUGGACCAGCCACAAGUGGGUGCCUCCCGGCUACAUCACCCGCAAGGAGCGCGACACAAGUGCCUUCCGCAACAUGUCCGUCAGCGGACCUACCGGCAACGGGCAUAUGGCGGGCGAGAAGAAGAGCACGGACAACAGCGAGGACUUUUUGCCUGGCACUGCGAGAACAGAGCAUGUGUAA